AUGAAAACCCCUGCCAGUGUAGAGAACAGAUGUGACAGGGUUGGAAUAGACUCUGCUACCCCUGCCAGUGAUAAUGUAACCCCUGCCAAGGAAGUCAAGAGGAAGAAAAGUGUAAAAACUGGAGAAAUAAUGAUGAAAACCCCUGCCAGUGUAGAGAACAGAUGUGACAGGGUUGGAAUAGACUCUGCUACCCCUGCCAGUGAUAAUGUAACCCCUGCCAAGGAAGCCAAGAGGAAGAAAAAGGUAAAAACUGGAGAAAUAAUGAUGCAAACCCUUGCCAGUGUAGAGAACAGAUGUGACAGGGUUGGAAUAGACUCUGCUACCCCUGCCAGUGAUAAUGUAACCCCUGCCAAGGAAGUCAAGAGGAAGAAAAGGGUAAAAACUGGAGAAAUAAUGAUGAAAACCCCUGCCAGUGUAGAGAACAGAUGUGACAGGGUUGGAAUAGACUCUGCUACCCCUGCCAGUGAUAAUGUAACCCCUGCCAAGGAAGUCAAGAGGAAGAAAAGGGUAAAAACUGGAGAAAUAAUGAUGAAAACCCCUGCCAGUGUAGAGAACAGAUGUGACAGGGUUGGAAUAGACUCUGCUACCCCUGCCAAUGAUAAUGUAACCCCUGCCAAGGAAGUCAAGAGGAAGAAAAGUGUAAAAACUGGAGAAAUAAUGAUGCAAACCCUUGCCAGUGUAGAGAACAGAUGUGACAGGGUUGGAAUAGACUCUGCUACCCCUGCCAAUGAUAAUGUAACCCCUGCCAAGGAAGUCAAGAGGAAGAAAAGGGUAAAAACUGGAGAAAUAAUGAUGAAAACCCCUGCCAGUGUAGAGAACAGAUGUGACAGGGUUGGAAUAGACUCUGCUACCCCUGCCAGUGAUAAUGUAACCCCUGCCAAGGAAGUCAAGAGGAAGAAAAAGGAAGUCAAGAGGAAGAAAAGGGUAAAAACUGGAGAAAUAAUGAUGCAAACCCUUGCAAGUGUAGAGAACAGAUGUGACAGGGUUGGAAUAGACUCUGCUACCCCUGCCAAUGAUAAUGUAACCCCUGCCAGGAAACAUAGGAAGAAAAAGGAAAAAAAUGUUACAUCUUUUGACACUGUAGCUUCCCCUGCCAGUGAGAAUUACCCUGCCAAGGAGUACAGGGUGAAAAUAAACUCAAAUAUCCCUGCCAAUAAUGAGUUUAUCCCUGCCAAGAUGCACAAGAAGAGGAAGAAAAGAAAACUAAAGGAUACAUGUGUUUCUAGCCCUGCCAGGAUAUUUCACAUUCUCCCACAAGCAACCAGCACCCCUAUCAAUGCCACAAACCCACUGUCAAACCCCAAGAAGAAGAAAAAAGUGAAAUAUACCUCUGCCAGUGAAGAAAACUAA